CUUUCUCUUUCUCUGCGAAGGCGUUCUUCAAUUAGGGUUCUUUCUCUUCGAAGAAAUCAAAUGGAUAAUCAAAGAAGAGGUUUCCCCAAGAGAUGUCAAUGUGGAGAACCUGUUGUUUUGAAGACAUCGACAACUGCUAAAAAUCCUGGAAGAUUGUUUCAUGGGUGUCCGUUUGGAAGGGAUGGGAAUUGGUAUCAUACAUUUAAAUGGACCGAUACGUCUAUGGUCGAAGAGAUCGAGGACUUGAUUGAGAAAGUGGAGAACAUUGAUGGAGCUGCAAUGACAUUGCAGAAGGGUGUCAAUGCUUGCGAAUCUCAGAUUGAUACUCUCGCCAUGGAGACUCGUGUGCAUUUGGGUGUGGUUGAGAAGGAGGUCGAAGAGAUGAAAAUGCAACUAAGAAGCUUGAAGAACAUUGUUGGCUUUGUUAUGGUUAUGGUUUUGUUUUUCAUGUGUAUGUAUUGAAUAUGUGAGUUAAAAAGUGGUUGUAUGAGAGUAACUAGUUUGGAUGUUUAGAGAAAAAUAUGGCUUGUAAGACUGUUUGUUUGUAUGAAAGGUAAUGGAAAAAGAACAAGACAUAUGACA